GGAGAGAGAGGUUCUAUUGGACAUGAGUCCCAACAACAUGAGCGGCCACAUUGACAGCGGCCAGGGCGGGGGGGGUGCAAGGCGUCAAGACGGCUUCCCUCACGGGGUAAGUGGCAACUAUGGAUCUGCCGGGGAGUUCCGAGAGGCGGGACCGUCAUAUGGAAGUCGUGGCAAUCGGCAAGGUAGUCGGGAUCGGGAACAGCGACGUGUUCCGCGCGACAACGAUACAAGAGAAAGGAAGGGGGGCAGAUGGGAGCGGUAUUCCACUGCUGCUGCCCUCGACCGCGCAAAGAGCGACGACCGUUGGAAGGAUGUCGACCGCCAUUGCCGGGACUCCGACCCCUCCACACCCACAGCACAUGAAAGGUCAGGGCCUGCGCGCAGCGAUCGCGGGCGGUCUGCGGAUCGACACCCUCCUGUGCUCGAGAGGCUCACCCGGGGUGAAUUAUCUUUCCCUGUCCCUGACGUGA